CGCGUGGCAAGCAAGCCGCAACCUGCACCAACCCAAAAAAGUUCCAGCCUCGCGGUUCCUUGCGCAGCAGUAUCAGAUUCACGCCUCGCAACUUGGCUUGGGUGUGCUUGCCUUCCCUUCCAUACCUAUCUGCGCUUCACCCAUCGCAUCAAAACUUGGUCACCGGGAGCCGCUGCGACGAUGAACGGAGACAAUUACUCGGCCAGAGACAGCGGCCGACACGGCUCGUCUCGCGACUACCCCGCCUCCCGGAGAGACCGCGACGACAGGCGCGAGCGAGGAGACACGCGAGACCGAGGCAGCGGGCGGAGGAGGUCGCGCUCGCCCGACUACCGCAGCAGCGGUCGGUCCCGUCGCGAGGAUGGAGAUGUCGACGCUUACUCGUCCAGUCGAAGCCAUCGCGACCGUGAGCGCGAGGAUCGCUACGCGGCGCGGGACCGCCGGGGAGACGACCGGGGUGAGAGAGAUUGGGAACGCGACCGUGGCGCCAGGAGCAGGCGAGACGACGACGACCGGCGCGACCGUCGUCGAGAGCGGGACCUGUUCGACGAUCGCCGUGGGAGCAGGCGUGACCGGGACCUAGAGAGGGAACGCGAGCGCCGCCGUAGCCUGUCGCCUCCCCCCAGGAAGCGCGAACCGACCCCUGACCUCACCGACGUCGUCCCUAUCCUGGAGCGGAAGCGGCGUCUGACACAAUGGGAUAUCAAGCCGCCCGGAUACGACAACGUGACGGCCGAGCAGGCGAAGCUUUCCGGCAUGUUCCCGCUGCCCGGGGCGCCGCGACAGCAAGCCAUGGACCCCACCAAGCUCCAGGCGUUCAUGAACCAGCCUGGAGGCUCCGUUAACAGCGCCGCCCUCCGCCCGACUAAUUCUCGUCAGAGCAAGCGCCUUGUCGUCGAAAAUCUGCCGGCUUCAGCCACCGAGGAAAGCAUGGUCAAUUUCAUCAACCUCCAACUCAACGGCUUAAAUGUCAUCGAGAACACAGACCCAUGCCUGCAAUGCCUCAUUGCGCCCGACCGCUCCUUUGCCAUGCUCGAGUUCAGGAACAGCCCGGAUGCGACGGUGGCGUUGGCGUUCGACGGAAUCUCGAUGGAGGCCGAUGAUGCACACGCGGCUAAUGGCAACGGUGCCGCCCCGGCCGGUCUGCGCAUCCGUCGGCCGAAGGACUACAUCGUGCCCGCGGUGGUCGAGGACCCCAACUACGACCCCGAUUCGGACGUUCCGUCGAGCGUGGUGAUCGACAGCCCCAACAAGAUCAGCGUGACGAACCUCCCGCUCUACCUGACCGACGACCAAGUCAUGGAGCUGCUCGUCAGUUUCGGCAAGCUCAAGUCCUUUGUGCUGGUCAAGGACAACGGCACGCAAGAGUCACGGGGCAUCGCAUUCCUGGAAUAUGUCGACCCCUCCGUCACCAACGUUGCCAUCCAGGGGCUCAACAACAUGAUGCUCGGCGAACGCGCGCUGAAGGUCCAGAAGGCCAGCAUCGGCAUCACCCAGGUGGCCGGCGAGAUGGGCGUCAAUGCCAUGUCCAUGCUCGCGGGCACGACAUCCACCGACUCGGACGUGAGCAGGGUGCUGCAGCUCCUUAACAUGGUGACGGCCGACGAGCUGAUGGACAACGACGAUUACGAAGAAAUCCGCGACGACGUCCAGGAUGAGUGCGAGAAGUUCGGCACGGUCUUGUCCCUCAAGAUCCCGAGACCAACCGGCGGCGGCAGGCAAUCGGCUGGCGUGGGCAAGAUCUUCAUCAAGUUCGAGACUCCAGAGGUGGCGACCAAGGCGCUACGGGGCCUGGCGGGCCGGAAGUUUGCUGAUCGCACCGUCGUCGCUACCUACUUCCCCGAGGAAAACUUCGAAGUGAAUGCUUGGUGAUGGAAGGGGCUGAGUGGAGGGAUGCUGGGACAGAGCGGGACGAGGUCUCAAGCAAGGACGUGUGCGCUCGUCUCGGGAUAGAGCCGGACACAAGUAACGGGAUGUCCCGGGGCUCUCUGCGCUUCUUUGGGGUGUUCAUCUUUGCGAAGGGCGAACUCUUGGUAUCAUGUCAGGUGUACGAUUACAGGCGAGGAGGAACCGGAACGGGGUGCACUGCGAAAAGUAUCUUGCUUGGUGGGCCAGCAUUUGCAACACUGGGCUGCCAGGAGCUAAAGAAUACGGCUGAUGCUAUCCAUCGAAAAUU